CCUCCACCUCCCCUUCCUCACGACGCUCGUCCCUGCCGCCCUCACCUGCCGUCCGUGGCACCGAGGGGUGGCCCCCUCCCACGCCUUCGGCCGCCGCUUUCGCGAGCUCCACCCAGUGCCCCCUGUCCCCUGGAGGGCCUCGCCGCCGCCGGGGAUGCUGGUCCGCGCCACCCCCGCCCCCUCCAGGACCGCAUCGCCGCUAGGCUGGUGAUGUCGAUUGAGCGGAUGGCAAGGUCGCCACAGCAGACAAGGAAUGGCUGCAACUGAGAGUCCAGCUUCUGUCAAUGGUGAAUAUGAUCCCACUACUGAUAAAGCUAGGAAGGCAAAGUCAGAUGACCCAGGCUGGAAAUAUGGUUAUUGGGCAAACCUUUCAAACCGAAAUGAGGUGACAUGCAUUCUUUGUGGCAUCCCACAGAAGGGAGGGAUCAAAAGGCUGAAGCAACAUAUUGCAGGUGGCUAUGGUGAUGCCAAAUUGUGUCAGAGUAAGAAUCUAACUACUACAUUGAGAAAGGAAAUGAGAGAAUACUUGGUGCAGAACAAGAGAAAGAGAUCAUUGUUUCAAGACGAAGAAGAUGAACCAACAAAAGUGGUGGAGGUGGCAGAUGUGGAGGCUGAAGCCUCAGCUAUCCAUCAUCCAAGUUCAGGGACAGCAGCUAAACAAAGGCGUUCAACAUAUCAAUUCACAAAGGCAGCACCAAAGGCAGCGAACAAGUCAUUUGUUGAGAUGCUUCGAAAGACGCCUGAAGAGGUGGUUGAAGAAAGGUACUCAGAUAGCUAUCAGCCCACAAUAGGGGCCAGCCUAAAGCCCAAGGAGGAAAAUGAUUAUGUUGAUAUGCAAUGGGUCUUAUGGUUUUAUGAAUGUGGCAUAUCAUUUAACACAGCAGCAGCAAAGCAAUUUCAGAUUGCAGUUGAGGCCAGCAUACAGUAUGGUUCGGGUUACAUACCUCCUACACCCUACAAGCUUGGUGAGCCAUUGCUUAAGGAGGCUGUGAAGUUGACAAGUACCACAAGGGGGGACCAUGAGAAGGCCUGGAAUCAUUAUGGAUGUACUUUAAUGUCUGAUGGAUGGACCGAUAGGAGGGGAAGACACCUAAUCAAUUUCCUUGUGAACAGCCCAGAGGGUACUUAUUUUCUAGAGUCUGUUGAUGCAUCAGAUGAGGUGCAUGAUGCUAAUAUUCUUGCUGGUUUGUUGGAGGAGAGGAUUCAGAAAAUUGGACAAGACAAGGUCGUUCAAGUUGUCACCGAUAAUGGAGCGAACUACAAGGCAGCAGGUAGGCUUCUAAUGGAAAAGAUUCCUACAAUGUAUUGGACUCCAUGUGCUGCACAUUGCUUGGACUUGAUGUUGGAAGACAUAGGAAAAUUGCAAGCAUUCAAGAAACCUAUUGCACGUGCAAGGCGUGUCACAACUUUCAUAUAUAGGCAUGCAAGAAUUCUUAGCACUAUGAGGGAGAAGACUAAAGGUGAUCUUGUGAGACCAGCAGCCACUCAGUUUGCCACAUCUUUCCUUACUUUGAAGAGUUUGCAUAAACAAAAGGAUCCUUUGAAGUCUUUAUUUGUUAGUGAGGCAUGGAUUGGGAACAAAUUGGCAAAAACUAGGGCUGGUCAGCAUGUGCAUGACAUUGUGCUGUCUACAGAGUUUUGGAAUUCAGUUGAGGACUGCCUUAGAGCUUCAGGACCACUCUUGAUUGUUCUUAGGGUGGUUGAUGGUGAUGAAAAACCUGCAAUGCCAGAAGUUGCAGCACUAAUGAAGCAUGCAAAGGAGAAGAUCAAGCUAAGCUUUGCUGUCCAAAGCAAGAGAUCUUUACUUAGGAAGAUAAUGGACAUCAUUGACCGUCGUUGGGAGAACCAAAUGAACCAUCCAUUAUAUGGUGCUGCACUUUUUUUAAAUCCAGGGAAAUUCCUUGCCCUGGUAGCAGCGAAUGAUGAUGCUGCUGUUGGAGAUCUAAAGGGUUCCUUCCUUGAUGUCCUAGGAAGAAUGGUGGAGAAUGAGGAAACUAGAAAAAAGAUUGAUGCUCAAGCCAAUGACUAUGAAAAGCUCAGGGGACCUGGCUUUUCAAAUAAAAUUGCUAUACAAAACAUUGAGUCAAUGAACCCUAUCGACUGGUGGUGCUCAUAUGGUGGGCGUGCCAUUGAGUUACAAAGAUUUGCUAGGCAUAUUGUUAGCCUUUGUGCAUCAUCAUCGGGCUGUGAGCGGAAUUGGAGUACUUUUGAGUUUAUCCACACAAAUAAAAGGAACCGGCUGCUGCAUAAGAGAUUGAAUGAUAUUGUGUUUGUUUCCUACAACCGGAAGAUGAAAAGUAGGUUCCAAAUGAGGCGACAGAAAAAAGGGAAAAGCUUUGAUCCUUUGGUGCUUGAGAAUUUUGAUUGGGACAAUGAGUGGGCUGACUCCUUGCAUGUGCCGACUCAAGGUGGUCGUGGGUGUGAUUGUGACCUAGACCUUACAUGGCAGGAAGUGGAUGAAGCUGUUGGUGCAUCACACGCACUUCAAGGCCGAAAUUUACCAAGGCGUGCAAGAAAUUCAACAUCAGCUCAAGCCCUUGAUGAUGAUGAAGAGGAAGCAGAUCCACAUGAUGAUGCUGAUGUGAGCGAUUGUGAGGAUGCUCGAGCUGGUUCCAGUGAUGAAGGGCAACACAAUGGUGCUGCUAGCAUCGUUGAUGAAUUUGAUGAUGGAUACUGAGAUUUAAAAGAUCUCAGAUUUGUGCUUUUGCUACUUUUGUGAACCUGUCCAGCACUAGUUGAUUUGUUAGACUAAAGACUAUUGAGUUUGUGGAUUGAUGCAGUAUUGUACUCAUGUACUGUAGUAUUGUUCAGUUUGUUAUUUGUGCACUUGGUUGCUAGUUGUUGGCUUAUGGCUAAUUAUUUUUCAGCUAUAAUUUGUGGACAUAUGUGACCAUUUGUUGUGAUUUUGCUGAGUGCUUUGUUGAUCUGUUCCUUAUUGUGUGUAGGCUGUUGUUUGGAGAAGAAGGCAAAAAACUGGAUGGAAUAUGGGCACAACAAAUGACAUCAGCAAGCUGGUCCCAGCUCCUGGAUUCUCUUUCUCUGCCAAAUUUUAAGCAUCCAUGCUGUGUACUUGAAGCAAGCAUCAAUAGAUAUGGAUACACAUACACCUUGUCUUAUUCCUGAGCCAUCAUGCAACAGUAUCAGCAUUUGCAAUGGUGUCCCAAAAAUGAGAAUAGUGUAGCUUAUUUUGCUCAGCAGUAGGGCAUGGCAGCUGUUCUCACUGCAACAAAGUUUGUUUACCUUGAAGUUUAUGUUCAUGUAGAUCAAGUGAAUAUGUUCCACAGCAGCAACCCAUCCUGUCGCUGCUUUUGGUGGAUUCCCUUGCACUUCAUGGAGAGGACACAUCAAUAGAUGGCAGAGAUGACAUUGAGGGACUGGAUGCUUCGCUGCACACAUUGCAAAUCUGCUGUCAUCCGAGCCAUCUGAUGAACACGUGAGUGCAGUGAAGCUUGGGAUCUGUGGUUUCAGCAUGGGCGCCACCAUUGCCCUCCACUCCGUAGCAUGCUAUGCUCAUGGCAAAUUCACAAGCGGCAUUCCCUAUCCAAUCACCCUCAAUGCAGUCAUCAGUUUGAGUGGCUGACUCCCUUGCUCGAGGACCCUGAGGAGCUAGAUGGAGAGCUCACACAUUGUAACAAGAAUUCAAUUACUGCCUCUUUGCCCAUCCUGCUUUGUCAUGGAAUAGCGGAUGAGGUUGUCACCUACAGGAAUGGCGAGAGAUCAGCUGAGGUUCUGAGGUCCUCAGGAUUCGCAUAUCUUCAUUUGAAGCCCUACAAUGGGUUGGGCCACUAUACCAUCCCUGAAGAAAUGGAUAAUCUCUGGAAGUGACUCAACUCAACACUUGGCCGCAACCGAUCUCGCUAAAAGAAGAGUAUUUGCGUAUACGCAAUGGCUUUGGUAAUUGGCUUUGGUACUAGCACAUAUUUGAGAGUGUUUGACAAAACAGAGGGAGGUUCGGUUUGAUAUGUUUUAAUAGUUCAUACUCUCUUACUCUCCAGUGCUCUCUUCCAUGUGGCUUUUGUUGUCAUAAUCCUAAUUUAGUGGUUUGCUUUGCCGUAUGUCUGCCAAGGAGUGACUAUAUGAAAUCUAGUGCUUGUCUGAUCUUGAUGAUAA